UUUAGUUUGGAUCAGACAGACGCCCUAUGAAGGCGUUAAAAAAAUUUCAAGUAAUUCCCACAAGAUUUUAACAAUGUUUUCCCGAGCCGCUAAAUCCGUUGUUAAAUCUUUCGGUCAGCGUAAAUAUUACGCUGGCGAAGAUAAUUUAAAGAUAAAAUUAAUUGGGGCAACCGAGGGAGUCAAUCUAAAUGCAUCACGAUUAGCGAGACAACAUUCAACAUUAAAUACCAUUCCUAUUUAUGACGUGGCUAAUACUAAUAAAAGGUUUUUAUUUACUCAGAACAGAUUCCAUCAUUUUAACGAAGCUGAACCAUUUUGUGGCAAAAAUUCACAAAUGUUAUCACUGAUGGAGAAAUCACGAUCGUACGAGGCAACAUCGAAGCAAGAUUCAAUGAUGAAGGAAAGCAACAAUCUAGCUUACCUAAGCGAUCAACUGAAAGUGAACGAGACUGAUAUCAAUAAACUUGUAGAGGCUUUACAACGUCUGCCGAUCGGGGAAGAAGCUCAAGCAGUAAAUCAUUUAAUAUCGCCGAAGGCGGGCGACACGUGCACCAGCAAGUUAAGAUCGAUGAUGACACGAAUCCUAGACGAAAUGGGCCACGACAACACGACGCGACGAGUCCGCCAGAAAAAUGACAUCCUAAGUGAGAUGACCGAGUGGUUACUUCGACCGAUAGAUCCGUACGGGGAGAUCGCGAAUAAGACAACGUUCUCCACUUCUUCGAAGAGAAAAGAAAGAAAACUCACAAAAAAUACGAUAUCCAAGCGAUGUCAUAAGAAAAAAGUUCGGAAGUUGGCCAUCGUGACGCCAGUAGUGAAGGUUACACCUUUCCAAAAAUCUGAAGAUAGAUUUUCCAGUUUGCAAUUGAUGAACGAAAAAAAGUUAAAAAUUCAUAUGGCUAAAUGCGUGAAGAGAAGUAUCGAUAAAGAACAACGAAAGGACGUGUAUAAAGUAAAUAUAAAGAACAAAUUGAAGGAUUGGACUGUGCCAGCAGCGUUCACCAAUAAAAAGUCUAGGCUAUUAUAUGAUUUUAGUAAAGCUAAUGACAAGGCUAGAUCUUCCUGGUUCCUUUCGAAAGUAUUGAACGAUGGCAAUAUACAGAACGAUGACUCGAUAAAAUUGAAACGUUUUAUUAUAGGCAGUACAAAAGCUAAGACAAAAUUUUAUGACAUCGUCGAGAAUGAUAAGAAAUGUAAUAUGGAUUCUGAGAAAAUUAGCAGAGGUGACGAGAGAAUUAAUCUGAAAAGUAAAUCUCUGUCACAGAUAGUACCUCUAAAUCACGUAACUCUACCGAUGGAGGAUCUGAAGGAUCUUUCUGGAGCAUUUAUCGGUGAUUCCUCCGCGAGGAAAGAGAAGUGUGAGUUUCAAGAAGAGAUUCUAGAAAGUUCUCCGAUGGAGGUUCAAAUGGUCACCGAGAACGUUGACCAUCUUUCUGAUGAAAAUGAAAGACUAUCGUUGUUUUCUCAAAGCGACGAGACGGAAAAUAAUUUCUGCAAAAAAUGGCGACCCGUGGAAAGAGUGUCCUCUGCCGUAAGAUCUCUUUUGGAGAAUGUGAGGAGAAAGAAGAUAAUUAAAAAAUCAAAUUCAAAUGCAAGCAUUGAUUCGUAUCACUUGAACGAUUUCUUUAAGCUGCGUCCACCAUCAGCUGAUUUGGCUACGAAUUUAUUAUCGGAUGUAAACGAAGAAGUAUUAAAUGAUUGGUUAGGAAGGAACUUAUAUUCGUCUUGCAAUAAAACUCCGAAAGAUCCAUGUACAUGUCUCAAGGAAAGACGUGCUAAAAAAAAUGAUUCAUGUAAACCUAAAAAGGAUCCUUGUAAACCAGAUCCCUGUUCCAAGCCAAAACCCUGUUCCAAGCCGGAUCCCUGCUCCAAGCCGGAUCCCUGUUCCAAGCCGGAUCCCUGUUCCAAGCCGGAUCCCUGUUCCAAGCCAGAUCCAUGUAAGAAGCCGGAUCCCUGUACGAAACCAAAACCUUGUUCCAAGCCAGAUCCAUGUAAGAAGCCGGAUCCCUGUACGAAACCAAAACCCUGUUCCAAGCCAGAUCCAUGUAAAAAGCCGGAUCCAUGUAAAAAGCCGGAUCCAUGUAAGAAGCCGGAUCCAUGUAAGAAGCCGGAUCCCUGUACGAAGCCAAAACCUUGUUCCAAGCCAGAUCCAUGUAAGAAGCCAGAUCCCUGUACGAAACCAAAACCUUGUUCCAAGCCAGAUCCAUGUAAGAAGCCGGAUCCCUGUUCCAAGCCAGAUCCAUGUAAGAAGCCGGAUCCCUGUACGAAGCCAAAACCAUGUUCCAAGCCAGAUCCAUGUAAAAAGCCGGAUCCCUGUUGCAAGCCGGAUCCAUGUAAAAAGCCAGAUCCCUGUACGAAGCCAAAACCCUGUUCCAAGCCAGAUCCAUGUAAGAAGCCAGAUCCCUGUACGAAGCCAAAACCCUGUUCCAAACCAGAUCCAUGUAAGAAGCCGGAUCCCUGUUGCAAGCCGGAUCCCUGUUCCAAGCCGGAUCCAUGUAAGAAGCCGGAUCCCUGUUCCAAGCCAAAACCUUGCUCCAAGCCAGAUCCCUGUUCCAAACCAGAUCCCUGUUCCAAGCCAGAUCCAUGUAAAAAACCAGACUCUUGCUGCAAGCCUGAUCCAUGUACAACGAAAAAGACUUCCUGUUCCUCAACGGAUCUCCCCAAACGUGAUUCUUGCGAAUCAGAAAAAGUAGAAUGUCCAGAAAUUAAAAAGACUGAUGAUACUUGUGCACAGAAACAAUGUCCUCCAGUUUUUCGAGCACCUGGUUGUCCAGAAAAUACCAAAGGUGGCGAAAAGAAAUGCAAAACUUCUUCAAUGUAUUAUUUUAAGGACGAGUUUUUAUACGAGAAGCUAUUUAAGAAGAAAUAUUUGAAGUUCUUUUUCUCCGAUAAAAACGUGUUAACGAAGGAAAUAGAUAUUAUAAAGAAAUCAAAUGUUAAACGAACAGAAACGAAUAUGGAAUUACCAAAAUUGUAUACCCUUGACACUUUCGGUAUAAAUUAUAACAUAGAAAAUUAACUUCUGAUAUUACAAUAAUAUUAAUUAAAUCAAACCUUGUUAAUUUCACCUGGAUCAAAAUAUGUACUUUGUGGAAAAUUUAUUUAAAUAUAGAAAUACAUACAUAA